AUGGCUAAUCUCAACAAUGUUGAUCAACUGCAUAAGGAGCUUGAAAUUGGCUGGAUGGCUAAGAUGACUGAGUUUGAAAAUCGUCUAAAAGAUGCUUUAGUCCCUGCAUCAACAAGCAACAAUCCAACUCUACAACAGCUCAAUCAGGACUUUUGUGCAUUUAAAGAGUCGGUAAGUAACAUGCUUGGUCUUCUGCAGCAACAAGUAAGAAGUUGCUCUUAUGCACUUGAUGAAAUGGAAACAAGGCAUCGACAAAAGAUUUUGUUGCUUAAUGGCAUAUCCGAGGAUCCCAAUUCAAAUGUUGAGCAGCAAGUCUUGGACAUAUUUCACAAUAAACUUGGCCUUACCAACAUGAUUAGAUCAUCAAUAAAGCGAUGUCAUAGGUUGGGACCACUUGAUAGAGACCGGUGCAGAGCUGUUUUAGUUCACUUCUGCGAUUACAGUGUCAAAAGACAAGUUUGGAAGUCCAAGUCAAAGUUAGAGAAUACACCCUUUACUAUGUCUGAGUUUCUUACUAGAAUGCGUCAGAGCAUUCAUAAGAUGGCUCGUAAGCAUUUUGGAAUGAGAAAUGUUUGGACUCUGGAUGGAAGAAUUUAUAUUAAGCUCCCUGAUGGUAGUCGUAAGAAGAUUUCCACAGAAGAAGACUUUAGUGCUCUUGUUACUGCAUGGACUCCUGUGCUAGUGGUUCACAGCAGUGAGAUGUGCCUUCCAUCAGGAGCUCACCUAAAGCCAGUCGCCAGCAAGAAGUGGAGAGGCGUAAACAAGAAGCAUCCGCCU